UUCGGCUGUGUUCGGCUGUGUUCGGCAGUCACGUGACUCGGACCGCAGCGGAACUGUCAUGGCGGCCGGCGGUGGACGGGAGGCUGAACCGAGCGGAACCGGAGGCGGUUCGUGGGUCGUGGUCGGUGUCUAGCUGAAUGGCGGGAAGAGAAGCAUCAGACGAGGAGGAGAGAGAACCCCGUCUUCCAUUUUGUGUCCCCUCAGACCCGCCGUGUCUUCCACCGAGGAGGCCGACAUGAGUUCUUCCCAGCAGAAACCAGGAGGAUCGAAGAGGCCCAGACCUCACCGCUGCCAGCAGUGUGACAAAGUGUUCACCUCCACACGCCACCUGAAGGAUCACCAGAGGGUUCACACCGGAGAGAGACCGUACAGCUGUGACCUCUGUGGGAAAGCGUUCACUCAGUUGAGCAGUUUACGGACUCACCGCCGCAUCCACACGGGAGAGAAACCGUACAGCUGUGACCAGUGCGGGAAGUCUUUCACUCAGUCCAGCACUUUAAAAGUCCACCAGCGCCGACACUCUGGAGAGAAACCGUACAGCUGCCAACAGUGCGGGAAGGGCUUCGCCGAUUCAUUCUCCUGCCAACAACACCAACACGUCCACACCGGAGAGAAACCGUUCCAGUGUCCGCUCUGCUCCAAAACCUUCCUCACGCAGUCCAAUCUGAAGAGACACCGGCGCGUCCACACGGGGGAGAAACUCUACGCCUGUGAGCUGUGUGGGCGGAGCUUUAACCACUACUCAUCGUACACAGUCCACCGACGGAUCCACACGGGAGACAGACCCUACCGGUGUAACUUCUGUGACAAAACCUUCACGUCAUCGACCAACCAGGCCGACCACGAGCGGGUCCACACCGGGGAGAAACCCUACCGCUGCGACCAGUGCGGGAAGAGUUUCAGCCACGUCACCACCUGCCUGCUGCACAAGCGCGUCCACACUGGGGAGAAACCGUACCGGUGUCAGUACUGCAGCAAAGCCUUCAUCACGUCGUCCAACCUGUCCCGACACGUGCGCACUCACACCGGAGAGAAACCGUACUGGUGCGACCGGUGUAAGAAACACUUCUCCUUCUCCAACCAGUUGAAGAGACACCGCUGCGUCUGAACUCGAGUCACAGUCACUUUAUUUACAUCAACACAUUUCCACUUGAGCUGGUUUUGGCCUUUUUCAACAGUUUGAACUUAAAGUCUCCACGAAGGGAAGCAGAGAGCCGUUAGCUUCCUCAUAUUUACUGUUUCCUGUAAAACAAGCAGCUAUGGAGGGACUCGUGGAGGAUAUUGAUUACCGUUUACAGCAGCAAUAUAGUGUGUGUUACCUCCAGCAUCUCGGGGCUGAGGCAGUUAGUUUAACUGCACGGCUGACCGAGCUAACAGCAGUUAGCGGUUCUCUACGUUUAAUACUAUAUAUAUAAUAUUUAUAAUAUUAUAUAUAUAUAUAUAUAUUAUAUAUAGUCAGGAGACUCUGUAAAUGACCUCCGUACUGUAACAAAUGUAAUAUCUCCAUCCAGUUUUCUGUGUUGUUUUCCACCUGCACACAAUGAUAAUAAUUGUUGUCUCUUCUUCUGGUCCUCUGACUGGAGACUUGGCGCCUCGUGCUGCUAAAGAUGAACCAACUCUUAAUAAUCACAUAACGACUGGAUGAAAGCGAACUUUCAUUCACAUUUUCUUCUGUUUAAUGACUCAAAAUUCACUUAAAAUGAGACAUUUUGAUGGGAACUCAACUGUUGUGUGACUCUUUAAUGUCUCUUUACUGGUUCUUUAAUAAUCUAAUAAUGUCCUAAUAAUUAGGGCUAAAACGAUUAGUUGAUUAAUUGAUUAAUUGAUUAGUCAUUGAACAGAACAUUAAUUAAUCACUCACUUCAGGAGUCUUUUUGGGAUUGUUGAGUCAUAAAAUGUCUAAAAAAUGUUUUUACAUUUUUUUAUAUAUUUGCUUUAAAAUGUUUUUUAUUUACAGAUUAUUUAUAUAUUGAAUAUAAUAUAAAUACAUAAAUAUAUUCAAUAUUGAAAUGAUUGGUUGCUGGAAAAGACACAUUGUAAGACAUCAAUAAGCCUUUUUAUGUAUUUUUUUGUAUGUUUAAGUUAAUUUGGAAAACAUAAUGUACCAAAUAAACAGUUUGAAAAGAGA